GGGGGGGGAGCCGGCAGCAUGAACAUCCUCCUCGAGUUCUUCGUGGUGACUUUCCGAGUGCUCUGGGCUUUCGUGCUGGCCGCCGCCAAGUGGCUGGUGCGGCCCAAGGAGAAGAGCGUGGCGGGGCAGGUGUGCCUCAUCACCGGGGCGGGCAGCGGCCUGGGCCGCCUCUUCGCCUUGGAGUUUGCCCGGCGGCGGGCGCUGCUGGUGCUCUGGGACAUCAACACGCAGAGCAACGAGGAGACGGCGGGCAUGGUGCGCCGCGUCUACCGCGAGCUGGCCGAGGCGGCGGCGGCCGCCGGCGCGCCCCGAGCUGGAGAUGGAGAAAAAGAAGUGCUGCCCCACUGCGACUUGCAGGUUUACACGUACACCUGUGAUGUGGGCAAAAGAGAAAAUGUCUACAUGACAGCUGAGAGGGUCCGCAAGGAGGUUGGCGAGGUUUCCGUCCUGGUUAACAAUGCCGGUGUGGUCUCCGGGCACCAUCUUUUGGAGUGUCCCGAUGAGCUUAUCGAGAGGACCAUGAUGGUCAACUGUCACGCGCACUUCUGGACUACUAAAGCAUUCCUCCCCAAGAUGCUGGAAAUGAAUCAUGGACACAUCGUAACAGUUGCAAGUUCUCUGGGAUUGUUCAGCACUGCUGGAGUGGAGGAUUAUUGUGCCAGCAAAUUUGGAGCUGUAGGUUUCCAUGAAUCUUUGAGCCAUGAAUUGAAGGCUGCUGAAAAAGAUGGAAUUAAAACAACUUUAGUCUGCCCAUAUCUAGUAGAUACAGGAAUGUUCAGAGGGUGCAGGAUCAGAAAAGAAAUUGAGCCUUUCCUUCCACCCCUGAAACCAGAAUACUGUGUGAAGCAGGCUAUGAGAGCUAUCCUUACAGACCAGCCGAUGAUCUGCACGCCUCGCCUGAUGUAUAUGGUAACCUUCAUGAAGAGUAUUCUGCCUUUUGAAGCUGUUGUAUGCAUGUAUCGGUUUCUGGGAGCAGACAAGUGUAUGUACCCUUUCAUUGCUCAGAGGAAGCAGGCUACAAACAACAAUGAAGCAAAGAAUGGAAUUUAACACUGUUUUGGAUGGACUAACAUUUAUGGGUGAAUAUGAUGUUACAUGACUGAAUUGUGGAGUACACUUGCAUCUAACUGGUGCAGAUGUCAACAUCUUACUGUGGCAUUUUCUUGGAUUUUAAACCUGUGUAUUGAACUCUUAAAAAUCAACUGUUUUUUAUAUACUGUAAAUAAAACUGACUAGAGUACUUGGAAAAUGUGAUAGGUAAGCAAAGUGAAUUUAUGAUGUAGCUGCCACUGUUGUCCUUUAGAAUAUUACUGUAUGUACAGUAAACUAGUCAUACUACUUCUUGUAGGGAUGCGUUGUGUGAUAUCUCUUCCUUAGCCUGCCAAGGCUUAUAAGAGCUGUCUACAACCAGAAGAUGCAGUGUUUCAGAAAUUGCUUUAUUUCCCUAUGGUGUUGGGAAGGAGGGAGAGAGAAGUCUUGAAUCAAGCUACUGCUCCUGACCUUUUAUAAUAGAUUAUGAAUGCAUCUCUUAACUUGUUAAGCCAAGCUCUAAAGGACACAUGGCUAAAUUGUGGUGUAAUUCUUUUGUAGCGAUUGUGUGUUAUAUUUAAACAAAGAUAAAAAAAAUUUGUGAAUCUCUGCCAAUUCAAAGGCAAAUGAAUGUCUCAAAAUACUCUCAGAGCAAAGUUGUACUGGGCACCUGGUUUUCUAGGAAUGCAGUCAGUGAUUUAAACUGACUUUUUUUCCAAGUUGCUUGAUUUGAAAUAUGCUCUGUCCUGUUCCCCUUUCUACCCUUAUGGACUGCAUGUUCCUUUUCUUCCUCCUUAUUCUUAUUUCCGACAGUUCUACCCUGCCCCCUGAGGAAGUUGUAUUAAAUUUCUUUAACUGGACCUAUGCCUAAAAGACAAAGCAAUUCAGCUGAGAUACAAACUGUUUAUGUAAGUGCUGGUCCUAUGCCAACCUUUAGCAAAGGAAAAAUAAAAUUAUACCUGAUGCAACUUUACAUGUGGAAUAUGGAAGGGUGUAAAGAUUUUUGAGUUCUACUCACAUUGUAGAACAGCAAAUAACAUUUUUACAGUAUUUUUUUCUAAAGUGAACAAUUUUGUGCCUUGAAUUUGGUCUUCUGUAUUAGUGAAACAUCGUAAAAGUGAACUUCUACCUCUGUAUCUUAAUGUAUACCAUCCACUUGUAAACUACUAUUGGACAAAUUAUGUGAUUACUUUUUUAGAAUGUCUUGUUAAAUAGUGACCAAUGCCUGUGGUUAUUAAAGUGAGCCACCUUUUCAUUAAAGCAAUGAUUGGGAUGUUUCCUUGACAGACUAAACUAAUUGAAACUA